AGUAGAACAGAGAUAGCCUUUGAUCACUAGUGCAUUUGAUGGGACUUGAUGUUUCUCGUCUUAUAGCUGAGAGGACUAGUGAUGAGGGGGCGAUACACUGAGUCUAUUCAGUGUCAGAGACAUAGCUUAAAAGAGAGACAGUGCAACGUCUGUAAGGUGUGGGUGGAGCUUUGGCCUCUGGCUGUCUGCUCUCAGUUUCUCUGUGACAUAUCAACUGUGGAGAUUUUUCAUCAGAUUCAGCAAUAGGUGUUGUUUCCUAUAGCCAGCUAUGGCACCAGGGGAUGUGGUGCCAGACCAUGCCAAGCAGCUGAAGUCCAAGGAGAAGCGGCCUGGAAACAGGGCCUUGAAAGCAAACUGUGAGCCUGAUGGGUCCUUUGUCUUUGAAGCUCAUGAGGCUUGGAAGGACUUCCAUAACUCCCUCAGGCAUUUCUACGAAGUAGGAGAGCUCUGUGACGUCACGCUGAAGGUUGGUAGUAGGUUGAUACCAUGCCACAAGCUAGUGCUGGCUUGUGUGAUCCCUUACUUCAGGGCCAUGUUCCUGUCAGAGAUGUCCGAGGCUAAGCAGGAACUGAUAGAAAUCAAGGACUUUGAUGGUGAUGCCAUCCAGGACCUGGUGCAUUUUGCCUACUCCUCCAAACUCACAUUAACUGUGGACAAUGUCCAGCCACUGCUUUAUGCUGCCUGCAUCCUUCAGGUGGAGUUGGUGGCGAGAGCCUGCUGUGAGUACAUGAAGGCCCACUUUCACCCCACCAACUGCCUGGCAGUUCGUACCUUUGCUGAGAGCCACAAUCGUGUGGACCUGAUGGACAUGGCUGACCGCUAUGCCUGCGAACACUUCACAGAGGUAGUGGAGUGUGAGGACUUUACAUGCGUGUCUCCCCAGCACUUACGCACAUUAUUGUCCUCCAGUGAGCUCAAUAUCCACUCAGAGACACAGGUGUACAAUGCAGCAGUGAAAUGGCUGAAAGCAAACCCCCAGCACCACGAGGCCUGGCUGGACCAGAUCAUGUCUCAGGUGCGCCUCCCCCUGCUCCCGGUAGAGUUCCUGACUGGAACAGUAGCUAAGGACGAGAUGAUCAAAGGUAACCUGAGUUGUCGCGACCUGAUGGACGAAGCCAGAAACUACCACCUGCACCUCAGCAACAAGGUGGUGCUGGAUUUUGAGUACUCAGUCCGUACGAUACCGCGGAAACACACUGCAGGGGUUUUGUUCUGUGUGGGUGGCCGGGGGGGUUCUGGUGACCCAUUUCGCAGCAUCGAGUGCUACUCCAUUACGAAGAACAGCUGGUUCUUUGGCCCUGAAAUGAACAGCAGACGGCGUCACGUGGGUGUAAUAUCUGUAGGAGGCAAGGUUUAUGCUGUUGGGGGCCAUGAUGGUAAUGAACACUUAGGCAACAUGGAGAUGUUUGACCCCCUCACCAACAAGUGGAUGAUGAAAGCCUCCAUGAACACCAAGAGGAGGGGUAUAGCCCUGGCAGCGCUUGGUGGUCCUAUCUAUGCUAUUGGAGGUCUAGAUGACAACUCCUGCUUCAACGAUGUGGAGCGUUACGACAUCGAAAGUGACUGCUGGAGCGCUGUGGCUUCGAUGAACACACCCAGAGGAGGAGUAGGAUCUGUUGCAUUGGGGAGUUUCGUGUACGCAGUGGGAGGCAACGAUGGUGUGGCGUCACUGUCCAGUGUGGAGCGGUUUAACCCACACCUCAACAAGUGGAUGGAGGUCAGCGAGAUGGGCCAGCGGCGGGCAGGAAAUGGAGUCAGCAAACUAAAUGGCUGCCUCUAUGUAGUGGGAGGUUUUGAUGACAAUUCACCCCUGAGCUCUGUAGAGCGCUUUGACCCGCGAAUGCACCGUUGGGAGUACGUGUCUGAGCUGACCACCCCCCGUGGGGGAGUCGGCGUAGCCACUGUAAUGGGAAGAGUGUUCGCAGUCGGGGGACACAAUGGGAACAUCUACCUGAACACGGUGGAGGCUUUUGAGCCUCGUAUGAACAGAUGGGAGCUGGUGGGUUCAGUGUCUCACUGCCGUGCCGGAGCCGGAGUGGCUGUCUGUUCGUCUCACGUCAGCCAGAUCAGGGACGUCGGCCAGGGCUCCAGCAACGUGGCCAACUGCAUGUGACCGCCCGCCAACCCACUUAUUACUAGGUGACUGACUGCCAGGUCACCAUCAGUUCUGAUCACUGCACAAUCACACAACACAAAGCACAUAGACAGGAGUGACGGAGUGAUUUCGCCCAGCAACUUCAUUCCCGUCGCCACUGUCUAAAUGUCAGCUUAAAACUGAUUUAAAGCUGAUGUUCAGUUUGCACACAGUGAUUGAGGAUUAUUAGGGAGAUUUUACUGACUUGAAGUGCACAUCUGACAAAUCUGAAGUCUUCUCUGACAAAAUGACACAUUCAAGACAUUCUUCUUGACUCCUGCUGGUGUUAUUUGCAAUCAGUGAUGUAGUAUUUUGUACUGUAUUUUCAUUUGUUUGACUGCCUUGACAUAGUUUUGACUUUUUCUAAAGGGAAAUAGUAGCUGAGCCUUGUAUUUAAUACUAACAUCUUGAGAAUGAAAGAUAAGUUUAGGUUGCAAACUAGUAGGUUAAAUGUGCACAUUAUGAAUGUGGACUGUAUAGUGGGCCAUUAUGAAAGCAUUUCAAUGGUCUCUUCUUUAAGACACUUCACUCUUUGUCUCUGCAGUUGCUUUCAUUAUCCAGAGAGAUGUGGUUAUACUGGAUUCAACACCUUGUUUGCAGUGCAGCGUGUGAAGUUAAAACAGUUUCAUCAGUCAAUUUCAAAUGCCAUGUUAAGAUGUCAAAUACAUUUCUAAGAUUCCUUUGAUCUUAUGCCAGGUUAAGUGAAAGCAUCUGUUAGAGCAGGUAGACUUUUAACGGUGCUUUUCAGAAUCAUUCUAUCAGCAGUUCCAGCUGCAGUAAGCUGGAUCAUAUCCCAGCAGUUCUAGCUUUUAGGGAUUUGCCUAUAAUUGUGUUUGAACAAUCAUUUAAGGCUGACUGGGACAAAUCAGCCACUGGCGAGGAGGUGACGGGUCUGAGGAAUUUAACUGCUGCAAGUGCCAAAAGACAAAAAAGUGCACUAGCCGUUUUAGGAAGGUGUAGAUGCAAAUCUGGUUCAACCACCUGCUGAAUCCUGAGUCGCAACCUUUACCUCGACCUCAGAAUUGAGAAAGGUUUGGUGACUAUAUACCUGAGAGUCGAGGACUGAUCAGAGCAAUAUGGUGCACCUCUCUAGUUCUUUUUCAGUUUUACAUUGUAUAGAGAUCUGUUCAACCUGACAGGGACAGAUUUUCAAAUUCAAGAUUUGUGUUUGACGAUAGCUGGACUGUCAGAAAUCCUAAUCAGAGUGCUUUCAGAUGUGUAUGAGAUUCAGCUGAGGUUUGUCUCUGCAGAUGGUUGCGUUAUAUUUUAAUAUAUGGACAUUUUGUAUAAUAAGAUAGGUGUAUCUUUGCUAUUAUUCUUUACUUCACUAUCUAAUCCAUUGCUGUGCACUAUUUUCCUAGAAUAGAUGUGAAGUCUGAGUUUAUAUUUUUGUCCUAAAUGGCCAUUCAUGGUCCUGAAUAAAUUUUAUGUUAUUCAUGUUAGAAGUUUGAGGAUGUUUAUUUAGCACUCAUGCCUAUUUCUGACAAAAUUUAAUAAUUUCUGGCAACAGUUUUGUUUUUCAGAAUAGGCUGACAGAGUUUAAAACAGAAAUGCUAUAUACAGUUUAUACUAAAAAUAAUACAUAUUAUUGCACAGUUUGUGUCCUGCCUGUAUUAAUACUAGUGCAUAUCAUCAACAAUAUAUUAUCAAUAUUGUUGCCAACUUUGUUAACAAAUGAGCCAGAUACCAAGUCUUUUAUAAACUUUACUUUGUGUUCUUCCUCCUCUUGACUGCUUCCAUCUUUUGCUUUUUGUUUACAUGGUAUUGGUAUAAAACAAUAAAGUUAAUGUGUAAAGUUCA